UACUCUUGAAGAAAGGAAAUGGUAUUCAACUGAAUAUACUCCACCUUCAACGGCAAAGUUACGUCUCAUGCAAGAUUUGCACCAAAGAAGAAAUAAACAAGAUGAUUUGAUAAAGACACUGUGA